GCGAUUCGAGAUAUUGAUUUGUCGUGAACAAUUGCAGCUUACCGCGUCUGUGAGUAAUCACAAGAAAUUUUUGCGAAAAACUAUUGAUCUGAAGUUUUAAAUAAAUCUUGCUAGAUAUGUGAAUAUUUUUCAAACUUUUAAAAGAUAAUUCGUUCAAAAUCACAUUAGCAUGCAAAAAUGAUGCUUGCUAGGGUAUGUCGAAGUACCGUCUCAUCAAAUUUGGUCAGUCUACUAAAGGCUCCAAUUAAUUCGAAACCGUUUAUUCCGAGAAUUCAAUCUACCAGAUUAUUUGCUAACGAUGGACGAAGUGCAUUUGCAAGAUCGGCUCGUAGAUCAGCCACUAUUUCAGAGCAGGCAAUGGCUCCUGCAGGAGAAACAGCAUUCACUAUUGGGAAAGGAGUUGUUGCUGGUGGUGCUGUAAUAGGAAUAGGUUCACUGUGCUAUUAUGGUUUGGGUUUGUCACCAUCUAUGGGAGCUAUAGAUUAUGCAAAGUUAUGGCCCCAAUAUGUGAAAGAUAGAAUUAAGACUACAUACAUGUACCUCGGUGCUUCUAUAGUAAGCAGCACUGUAGCUGCAGCAGUAUGUUUACGUUCACCAACUAUGAUGAACUUGGUAAUGCGUCAAGGAUGGGUUGCCAUGUUAGUAACAUUAGCAUCUGUUUGGGGUAGUGGAAUAUUGUUACAGACUAUCCCAUACAAAGAAGGUUUUGGCGCAAAACAAAUAGCAUGGUUGAUACAUACUGGUACUGUUGGUGCAUUCCUUGCACCUUUGUACUUACUUGGGGGACCUUUGGUUCUUAGAGCUGCAUGGUAUACUGCUGGUGUAGUUGGUGGUUUAUCAGUAGUUGCAGUUUGUGCACCAAAUGAAAAGUUUCUGAACAUGGGAGGUCCAUUAGCGGUUGGUUUGGGUUUUGUAUUUGCAAGUAGUGUUGGAUCAAUGUUUUUACCACCUACAACAGCUCUUGGAUCUGGUUUGUAUUCAAUAUCUUUGUAUGGUGGUCUGGUGCUCUUCUCUAUGCUUCUUCUGUAUGAUACACAACGUAUCAUCAAACAAGCAGAAACAUAUCCAAUCCAUGAAUACCUAGCAAGGCCAUACGAUCCAAUUAAUAACGCGAUUUCUGUUUAUAUGGAUGCAGUGAAUAUCUUUGUAAGAAUCCUCACAAUGUUAGCAAGUGGAGGAAGUAAAAGACAAAAGUAAAAGAGUGGAUGUCUUUUUGAGUAGGUCAAUAAAAGAAUUAUGGAGUCUCAUACCAUGUUUGAAAAACGCCGUGAUUUAGUAUUAAACUUAGAAUAAACUUAAAAUUAUUUUGCAAUAAAUCAACUUUAUAUGUACAAUCUACUUCAUGUUAUAUUAUAAGAUGAUAUGUAAAUUAUUAGCUUAUUUAAAAUAAAGUAUAAAACAGAAAAA